UCAUGUUACAACCCGGAAGCAAUGCCUUUCUCUGAAUAACGUUAGUAUAGCAAAAAAUGAGCACUAUAUAUAUUAGAAAUAGCUGAAUAACGGUAGAGCUGCAGAAGUCUUUCGUCUGUUGAUGGUUUUACUUGUGUGCUAAUCUCUGGUCUGGAGGCGGCAACGCCCUGAUGCCCUCGGGGAACAAUCCCCUCGCUCUGUUUACAACCAGUCCGUUUGGAGAAGCUGCUUCCCCGCAGUGGGUCGUUAGCUAAGCGGUGCUGCCGUGAGUGUCGUUUAGAAGGGGGGAAAAUGGCUGAACUGCAUGUGGUGGAACCGAGUGGAACAGCGACUAUAGAGCAGCCCGAUCAUCGAGACGUUCGGGGCUCGAUGCGCUUAGCUUCGCCCACUCUCAUGGUUCCUCCGCGGAGCAGCAACCAGCUUAGCCCCGGCAGUGGAUGCAGCGGUAGGUCGGUGUUCGGUUUCCCGCUAAAGAGCAACCCGGGCUCACCGUCCGAACCGUUAGACAAGCCGGGCUCACGCUGGGUUCGGCUUAACGUUGGUGGGACCUACUUUAUUACGACCAAACAGACAUUAUGUAGGGAUCCAAAGUCUUUUUUGUUUCGAUUGUGUCAAGAAGACCCGGACCUUGAUUCAGAUAAAGAUGAGACUGGAGCCUACCUUAUCGACAGGGACCCCACCUACUUCGGCCCCAUCCUGAAUUACCUUCGACAUGGAAAGCUGAUCAUGGAUAAGAACCUGGCUGAGGAAGGCGUUCUCGAAGAAGCCGAGUUCUACAACAUCGCCUCCCUGGUCAGGCUGGUGAAAGAGAGAAUACGGGACAACGAGAACCGAACAUCUCAGGGCCCUGUGAAGCAUGUGUAUCGAGUACUGCAGUGCCAAGAGGAGGAACUCACGCAGAUGGUCUCAACCAUGUCGGACGGUUGGAAGUUUGAGCAGCUCAUCAGUAUCGGCUCCUCCUACAACUACGGAAACGAGGACCAGGCGGAAUUUUUGUGUGUCGUUUCCCGGGAGCUCAACAACUCUACAAACGGCAUCGUUAUCGAGCCGACGGAGAAAGCCAAGAUCCUUCAAGAACGAGGCUCCCGGAUGUGAGGAGACGCCGCCUCAGAGCAGAAUAAGAGCACCAU